CUUCGUCCUUCCCCGUUUCUCGCUUUGCUGUUUUCCCAGAAGCCCUAAACCCUUUUCCUGGCCGCCAUUUCACUCGCAGUUGGAAGCAGUCAGUACACCCAAAACCCAAUACCGUCGUCAUGAGUCCAGUCACUGACGCGAGCGAUCUGAAUGGCGAUGGAUUUCGUUGCGUCAACUGUGGGCGGAGGAUUGAAAAGUUGUUCGUAGAAUACUCUCCGGGCAACAUCCGUUUGAUGAAAUGCGAUAAUUGCAAGGCGGUCGCUGAUCCGUAUAUUGAGUGUGAAUUCAUGAUUAUUUUUAUUGAUCUGAUAUUGCACAAGCCUAAGGCAUUCCGGCAUCUGCUGUACAAUGUGCUGAAUUUGGAGAAGAUUGACAUAAAGGGUAUAUCCUUGAAAUCAGGUCUAAUGAACUUUAUUUUAGAUGCAUACAGAGUGUCACUUUUAAUUCGAAGUAAAGGUAGUCGGGACUCAUCAAGGAGCAGUUUGGAGUUCACCUGGACAUGCUUAAAGGUGUUUCUGAACGUUCUAAUUGGAAAUCUUAUCUUUGUAACUGUUUUGUGGAUUGGUAUUAGGGUUCUACUCAGAUUGAAUUAUCAUAUAUGCAGGUACAGAGAAAUCUUGUUGGCUGUCCUUGUUUCAAGCUACUUUAAGAUGUUCUUCUUAGCCAUGAUGGUCUGGGAUUUUCCUUUUGCUUCUAUCUUCAUUGUGGAUGUCUUUGUUCUAACAUCGAACACGGUAGCUUUAAGAGUAUUAACGCAAUUGAGGACCUCUGCAUGCACUGUAUUGUGCUUAUGUGCCCAUAGUGCCAAAUUUUUAGCUUCACACUGGCUGCUCAAUCUUCUGUAGUUCUUUUUGCGCUGUGAUCAAGCUCAAGUUUACUGCUCUGCAAAUUUAGCUGAGGACAUGAGCUCUAUGGUUAUGACAGCCUUGAUAGAUACGUAACUGGUAAGUUGGUUGCCAUAAAUUUAAUACAAUUAUAACAUUGGAGACAAAGUUCUAUUUCAUCUUCACCUUUCGGACGAAUUUAAAAGCAUUUUUCUGUCACUCAAUUUCUUGGCAUUUGUUGAUUUGGUCAUGAACAAUUUUCUUUCUUAGAAUGAUCUGCAAAGCUUAUAAUGGCCUUAUUUACUAGGUACAAAAACUGUAAUGUUAUAAUUUUGUGAGCCUUGAAACUAACAUGCAAAAAAAAUUGCUUGAUAAGUAUAACUAUGAAAGUAAGGAAUUAAGGAAUUGGAGCUAAGGAGUGAUCAUAAGAAUGUAUCCAGUGUUUCUUCAAUGUUAUUGGGGCCAUACAAAGAAGCAACUCCUGCUAGCUUCAGAGAAUUGAUUAUUCAGUUCUUAGAGAUGCAUAUCAAUAACUCUGUUAAAUAAAUCUACAUUAUAAUAAUUUUAGUUUGUUAUUUUUUCACUUCUCCGUAUUGACCGUUGCCGAGAUUUAAAUAUAAUUCUUAUAUUUUGAACUUCAAUUUUAACAAUAUUGCAAAAUUGUGUUACUUCUUCCCAUAAAGUAUCCCAUCCAUCAAAUUUUAUGAAAUCUUGAAACUCAUGGUCAUAUAAUAAUAAUGUCGAUGCACAUCAUUUAAUUUCUCAUCGAAGAAAAUGAUUAGUUAACCCUCUCACAUGAGGAAACUUUAAUGCUAACUCAAGAGGGAUUGUAGGUUACCUCAAACAUCUUGUUGAAAUAUGGUAACUUUAACACUUAAUGAAUGCAUCAUAAACUCCUCAAUUUUGAAAAAAGCAUUAGAAGCUGCCUAUGCCAAUUGCCAAACAAAUUUCACCCUUUUUGAGAUAUUGGGUGAUUGAAGUCAUGAUAGGGCUAAAUUCACAUAUGAACCUUAAUGGAAGGUGUCUAGUCCAUUAAAAUUGUAAAUAGGUAUUCUUGAAUGUCUAUGUGUUCUCGGUGUCUGUAAAGAUGUUUUCAUAGGAAAUAAAAAAUCCUAAGAUUAUUGAAGUCAGAAUAUUUCUUUUUUGGGUAUCAUACCUAGUUUAAUGAAAAAUAAUAAUGUCAUUAAAAUUAUGCAACUAAAAUUCUCUUAAUAAAGAUGUGCAAGAUGUGAUUUAUCACUCAUAUGAAUAUACUAGGAGUGUUGAUUAGGCCAAAUGGCAUCACGAGCUACUCGAAUAAAUUAUUCUUCAUUUUGAAGUUAUUUUUUCAUUCAUCUCCUUUACUCAUGUAGAUUUUAUAAUACUUGCUUCUUAAAUCAAUUUUAGUAUAUACCGUAUCAGAUAAUAUAGAUAACAUCUAUCAAGUCACGGUAUGAGCAAUUUAAUCUUGAUUAUUAUCUUGUUGAUGGCACGACUAUCCGCAUAUUAAUGCGAAGUACCAUUCCUUUUUUAGGUAAGAAUAGCAAAGGGUGUGAAACAUUUAUUUUGUGCGGACACUCGACGUCGUUCGUAGGAGAAUCAGAGCACGCCACAUCACCCUUUUGUUGUGUACCGUGGCUGUGUACCAGAUGACAUGACGCGCUCUGAUUUGCCUCCGAACGGUCUUAUGUCCGCACAGAAUAAUUUCUCGAAUGUGUGGGGAUAAACUAUCCUGAACAAAUCCUUUAAACAACAAGUAAUUAUAUUGUCAUUGAAGUUCUACAUGCUCAUAUGGGCUCAGUCUUUAGUGAGAAAAUUGGGGAUUGAAGAUUCAGAACUAAAUCUAUGUUAUGUUAAAUGUUUUCCAAUGGGAGAAGAAGCUCAUAUGGGAGUUUUUAGGACAGAAAUCCUAAGCUGCCCGCUUAUGUUGGAAGGGACUUGAUGGGUUGACUUGUGGUGGUCAAGACAACUAAGACAAAGGUGAAUAUUCCUAGUAACUUUCUGCUCAAAUUCACAUAUGUUCAUGACAUAGAUUUGACGCCAUCAAAUAUUUUGCCUGAAUAACAUAAAAAUAAAGCUAAACAUUGUGGCAACGGUUGAUAGAUUUGCCAUUGAUGGAGGGAGCAUUGCAAAAUCUUCGUGAACUCUCAUAAUUGAUUUUCUAUCUCAGGAAAACACAUCAUAAACAAAUCUCAAAUUGUGAGAUUGGAGCUCAUUUUCUCCACUGUGUUCUAAAUUUUAUUUUGAUUUUCAAUUUUGAUGUCUUUCAUAAAAUUUGCUUUGUGAAAUAUAUAAUAGUGGAGAAAAAAGAUUCAUGUAGUCAACUUCACAUAGUAGGAUCAGGGCUUGUUGUUGUUGUUGAUGAUAUAUAUGUAAUAUAAAUUAUUUUUGUUUUA